AUGUUGAAUAUAUCCAUUACCCCCAAGAAGGAUAAGAAUAAUAACCGUCAUAGCUUCCUCGGAAGAAAAAGGGAACCUAGGAGUCGUCCAAUAUCCACUUCAUCUUGCUCCUCUGCUGACAGUGAUCAAAGUGAACAUCGAUUCUACAAUCGACUAACUCGUAUAUUCGGUAACAGUGCCGAACACUUAUCCGUGGACGAAGACUAUUCCUCAGCAGCUGAAACAUCUAAUUCAAGUCAAAAUAGUAAACGCUACGCUCGAAAGCAUUUUGUGCAUAGAGAAGAAACUGUCCCUGCUCAUAAGAUUCCUCCAUAUAGCCCAACUGGGGCAUGGAAUGGUAAAUUCCCAUAUUCCAAUUUCUACGUGCGUCUUCCCAAUGGAAAAUGGAUGAUUCGGUAUCGUUCAGGCGAUAGGGACAUCUUGGGAACGGAUGAGUUUGAAGGUCGCAAGUGGCAUCACCGCAGCUGA